UUUUUCGAUUUUUUCCGUAUCGUUUCUUCUUAUGUUCCUCCUUCAGUAUAUUUGACAAUUUCAAUUGGAAUUCUACAGUGGCGAAGUUUUCUAGAUUUUUCAAUUUUUGAAGAAAUAUGUGCAGUGGUAAAAGAAAUAAAAAGCUGAUUGAAAUACGGAAAAUGUAUUGUUAAUUUCAUGCACAAAUUAUUUUUUAAGAAAGUGAUGAAAGUAAUAAAGUGGCAAAGAGUGUGGAAAAGAGAGUAAAUUUUGGAAAAGAAAAUGAAGUGUCGGUGGUUGGUAAUGUCGCGGUCGUGGUGGAACGUCGCAAUUUGUUUCGGAUUGUGUAUUUUGAUUGCAUCAGCCGCGGUGUCGGCAAAAACACCAGUUAAAAGUAAAAUAAAAGCAGUAACAAAUGCACAAAAUUUAACACAGGAAAAUGAAAAUCGUAAUAUUACUACAAAGGAUAACGACGCCUCCGACCAAUUACGCGCGUAUCGGAUGAGAGAAGCGUGCACUGAUUUGGCCAGAGAUGAAGAAACAUUAAUGGUUUUCUCUACAUUAGGGGGCGGAUUAACAGCAAUCGAUCCAAUAACAAGUGAAAUUCGUUGGACCAUAGCAGACGAUCCACCGGUACGUGCCGACCAGGAACAAAAUGUGGAGGUGCCGCAAUAUUUGCCAGAUCCGCGUGAUGGCAGCAUUUAUCAGCUUAGCGAUAUGGGUAACUUGAAGAAAUUACCCUACACUAUACCUCAGUUAGUGGCCAGCGCACCAUGUCGUUCCUCCGAUGGCAUACUAUAUUCGGGAAAGAAAAGCGACACUUGGUUCAUGGUCGAUCCAAAGUCGGGUAAACGUAAAACGGUUAUGGGCUUCGGCAUGGAUACCUCCGAAGCUACUGAACACAAAAAGGAAAGUGAGAAUAAGGCCGCGCAUAGUACAUCGCGUUCGAUUUACUUAGGACGCACGCAGUACACCGUCAUGAUGUACGAUAGUUUGGCCAAGGGGAAAAAUGUUAAACCGUGGAAUAUCACUUUCUAUGAUUACAGCGCGCACACAAUGACGCCGGAUAUAUCGAAGGAGUAUGAAUAUCUGCAUUUAACCACAACAUCGAAUGGCAAUAUCGUAACUUUGGAUAGAAAGAACGGUAAAUUUUUGUGGAAGCGCGAUUUAACAAGUCCAGUGGUGGCCGCAUUUCUACUCGGCUCGGAAGGUUUAUUAAGCGUGCCCUUUACCACAGUCUCCGAUGAGGCUUUCGAAUCCAUUAUAGAGGAGUCCAAAACCGGCAAUGUCAACACAAUAAAGUUAUUUCAAUCGCUUUAUGUGGGUGAGCACAGUCAUGGCUUAUAUGCUUUACCCUCGCUGGUAGAUAAGGACACACCACGCAUUUCGGCUAGCCUACCAAUAAAACUAUUAGAUGGCCCCAACUCCGCAGACGACUCAGAUCCUAAAAUGGUAUACAUCGAUGAUGUGAUACGCCAAAAUGCUGGCAUUGUGCUCGGUCAUUACAACAUGCCCAGUGACAGUAAUUUACAAAUAUCACCCUCGCCGUCGAAAGAUGACAACAAUCAGGGCUUAGCCACAAUCAAUCAUUUUCCCGAUGUCACUACUAUCGGUUCUAAUGGCUAUAGCAUAAUCACAGGUUCGAAUAGCGAAAAGAAUUCAGCCGAAAUUGGAGUACAAACUGAGCCUGUAAUUGAAAUGCAAAUAGAGACGACAACUGCUUUUAAUAAGACAAAAAAAAUCAUUUUGGCGAAUAGCAAUAAAAUACAGAAAUUCAUCAAUGAGUGGUUUAUGGAACAUCCGAGUGGAAAAGUGCAUCAGAUUCUCAUUGUUUUGGUCUUGGCUAUGGUCGCCAUGUUCUGGUAUAUGUGCAGCACUAUGCGUGAAUUGAAGAAUCAAAGUGAAAACGGCUCGAAAACGUACUCAUCCUCGAACAAGAGUGGCAGCGGCAGCAGCAAUGUGAAUGCAUUGGAUCUCAUCGAUUUGGGCGAGGGCAAUAUACGUGUUGGCAAAAUAUCUUUCAACUCGAACGAAGUGCUUGGUAAAGGCUGUGAGGGUACAUUUGUGUUUAGAGGCACUUUUGAGGAGCGCUCUGUCGCGGUAAAGCGACUGCUGCCCGAAUGUUUCACAUUUGCCGAUCGUGAAGUGGCCUUGCUGCGCGAAAGCGAUGCGCACGAGAAUGUGGUGCGUUACUUUUGCACCGAACAAGAUCGCCAAUUUCGCUACAUAGCGGUGGAGCUUUGCGCGGCCACUUUGCAGGAUUAUACAGAGGGCGAACGAAGCGCUGAAUUGCGCAAGCAAAUCAACGUGUGGGAGGUAUUACGUCAAGCGGCAGCCGGCCUCAGUCACUUGCAUUCAUUGAAUAUUGUGCAUCGUGAUAUUAAGCCACAAAACGUGUUGCUUUCACUGCCCGACGUUAGUGGCACCGUACGUGUAAUGAUAUCCGAUUUCGGUUUAUGCAAGAAGUUGAAUUUUGGCAAGACUAGUUUUUCACGUCGCUCCGGCGUGACUGGCACUGACGGUUGGAUUGCGCCAGAAAUGAUGCGCGGUCAGCGAACGACAACCGCUGUGGACAUUUUUUCACUUGGCUGCGUCUACUAUUAUGUGCUUUCCACUGGCCAGCAUGCGUUUGGUGAUGCGCUCAAGCGACAGCAUAACAUACUAACACAUGAAUAUAAUUUGUUCAAACUCAAAGUGGACACCGAUGAUGAGGCGAACAUGCCGGUGGAGGCCAGCAAGUUUAUACUUGCCGAACAGCUGAUAGCAGAUAUGAUACACAAAGAUGCGCAAAGUCGCCCGUUCGCGCGCUGCAUAAGUGCGCAUCCAGUCUUUUGGAAUAAUCAGAAGAUAUUGGCUUUUCUGCAGGAUGUCAGCGACCGCGUUGAAAAGCUGCAAUUCCAUGUGGAGCCAUUGAAGUCGCUGGAAAAGAAUGGUCGCUGCAUUGUGCGCGAGGAUUGGAAUGCGCACGUCGAUCCGCUCAUAACAGAGGAUUUGCGCAAAUAUCGCGGCUACAUGGGUGCCAGCGUGCGUGAUCUGUUGCGCGCGCUGCGCAACAAAAAACACCAUUACCACGAAUUGGCGCCGGAAGUGCAGCAGAAGCUCGGCUGCAUACCAAACGAUUUCACAAACUAUUGGAUUAAUAAAUUUCCUGAGUUGAUAUCACACGCCUAUCAUGCGUUUAGCAUUUGCGCCGAGGAGCCCAUCUUCAGGCAUUACUAUAAUGCCGAUUACUACUUCAGUCGUCCGUGGUAUUUUGAUGCGGAUGAAAAUCUCUUUUCAUCGCUACAAAACGAUCCGAAGCAUUUGCUAAAACAAACUGGCGCUUGCAGCAAAGAUGCAAGCGCCAGUCCGAAACGAUUGCUGCGCACACCCGACAAGCAGCAGCAAUUAAAACAGCGUAAAGGUAAUUAUAAUUUUCGCAAACCCGCGGAUGCCGAGGUAAUUGGCGUGGGUUUGCAAAGAAAUUUGGAUAUGUCGACACCCAAUGCCGCAACGACGGCGGAGAGUGAGGAGGACGCAGGCAACGGUAAUAGGCGUGAUGUCUUUGCCAACUUCAAAUUUCGUCGGAAUUACAGCAAAUCAACGAACCGUAAUUAUGGCAAUAUAAACUCGAACGCAAAUGUCAACGCGAAUAACGGUGUUAAUAAAGAUAAGAGCGUCACAUGGACAUUGCCUGGCAAACAGGCGACUGAGGAAUGAAUAAGAGCAGUAACAUUAAACCGUAAUAUUUGAUAACUACAAGUAAUGCUAUUUUUAAGUAAAACGUUAGCGUGUAAAAUUUUAGUCUAAAUUUAUAAGUUAUAAAAACAUUUAUAUAGUUUUUACUACAAAUAACGUAAAAAUGUUGAGCAGUUGGAGAACAUUGCUGCGUUCUUCUAGUGGAGUGCAAUGACAAAUCAGACUUUCUUCUACGAAACAACACGUCUCUUAGGUUGACAUGUGUUAGGUUGGUGCGGAAUUGCGUAUUAAACAUGUGCACAUCUAAUGUUGCAAAAUUAAAAAUAUUAAAAAUUGUAACAGUAAAUUUGAUCGGCUUUAAUACAUGUGUAAUAUUUAUAAAUAAGUUUGAGCAAAAUAACUCUUGAAUUGAGAAAUCAUACUACUACGUCUAAAGAGUCACAUUUGAACAUCUCUUCUUUUAGUUUUACACAUUUGCGCAUGCUUAGUGCAACUUCAAACAGUUUGCCUUGCCCAGUUUAAUUAACAUACUUUUAUUUUGUUGCACUAGGUAUGCUAGAUAAAAUUUAUUUUGUGUGCGCAUAUAAAAUGUUUGUAUUCAACGAAAUAUUAAUUGUAUACAAUUUAUGUACUCCAUUAGGAAUGAAUACUAUCACUUUGUAUAAAAAUGUUUGUUAAGAAAGUGAACAAAAAAACUAUAUUGUGCAAUAGAAAAUGCAGCAUGUACAGUCUACAGUUAAGCGAAAAUGCUACAGUUUGUAAAAUAAUUAUAAAUAUAAAAAUUCAUUUAUAGCUUUAAAUAUAAAACAGAAUGUUAAAAAAAUGCGAAAGUCUGCUUAUCUGUAAAAAAAAAAUAUUCCGCACUGGUACAUUUUUUUCCAGCACAGCACAUUCAGCGUUGCUUAUCAAUUGCGCAACUAUUUGCAAAUAUAUACUGCGCUAAUAUUUCUCUACAAUCGACGGCAUAUGUUCAGCUCUACUGUAGACUGCAAAAAUAUUGUUGCUUUGUUAUCAGUAAAGGUGUCUGUCAAAUGCACGUAAUUUGUCUGUGAUAACAUUUAUUGUUAAAUUUAAGAAAUUUAUAAUAAAUAGUUGCUUACUGUUUAGGCGUUUUCAAUUGCAAGCGUUUAAAGCGAAAACAAUAUUAAUGUGUUUAAAUUUUUUAUUUAACAUAUAUACAUAUACAUAUAAAAUAUGUAGCAUAAAGGCGGCAUAUAUGUGAGCAACUAUGUACUCAUAUUUCUAAAAUUCCAUUUUUUAUUUUUUAUAUUUAUAUUUGAUAAAAAAAAAUUCGAAUAAUUAAGUCGCACCAACAUACUUUAUUGAUAAAUUGUUUUAUUUUAGCGCUUGCAAUUACACUAAGAAACACAUAAAUAAAAAUAAAUAAAUAAACAAUGUAAAUGGCCCGCUAUUUGUCUAUGCAUGCACUUGUAAAUGCACUUUUAUGUGACAUGAUAUUUCAUUAUUAUUUUAUAAUUAGUCUAAGUUUAUGAAAAAAAAUUCCCUGACAAUUUUAACCAAAUAUCUAACUGUAACCACUACUUUGUUUUUCCAAAUAAAUAUUAAAGUUUAGUUGAAAGAAAACAAUUAUAGCUUUUUAUUAGCACGUUUUAUUUGUUUAUGAUCUUGUUUUUUUUUGUUUUUUUGAAACAAUUAAACUUUGCUUAAACGCUCAUUUAGCACAUACAUAUAUUUAAGUAUUUAUGUGUGUAGUUUGUAUAAGUAUUAAGCUGUGGAGUGCCUGCACUGCGUUCACCAUUCAACAAAUAACAUUUGCAAAAAGAAAAAAUUAAUAAAAUUAGUCAACAAAAA